AUGUUAAGAGCGCCUGUAAGUUCAGGGCCACUGAGAUGCUGCCGCGCGCAUCGCCAGGCUACCGAGAAAGAGCUUCAAAGGAUACGCCGAUUGCCAGAAAAUCGGGUGUGUCCGAACUGUUUGAAAGAGGAAAGCCUAGGAUUUAGUGCAGUUUGCACAACGUUCAAGACGUUUAUUUGCAGUGACUGCAAAUCUGCGCAUCAAAGUUUCUCACAUCGAUGCAAAAGCAUCCAGAUGAGCGUGUGGACGAUGGAGGAGGUCAAGGGUCUCGAUGACAACAACGGUGGCGGAAAUGCUGCUGCGGCGCGAAAGUAUCUCGCAAAAGUUACGCCGAAAGAUCGUGUCAAGCAGGGUAGCACGCUGGAAUUAUACAAGCGAUUCAUUCAGCGAGCUUAUGUUGACCAACGAUGGGCUGGCGAUGUUUCUGAAGCAUCUCCUGCAUCUGAGGAACAUCCUCUCGAGACACCAGGGGAGAAGACGAAGCGGCGUUCAAGGAAGUCCCGGCAUCGUAAAACGGCAGACGCAGCCGUCAACCCUGAGUCGGGACCUGUCCCUUUGCAGGCACCGAGUUUGGUAAGCCCAAGCUGGUCCUCAGCGAGUCAGACAGAUUCCGCACUGCCGUUUGGGCAUCCUGUUGCUCAGGGAUGGUGCUGGGACGGAGACGGGGCUCACGAUGGCAGGCGACAUGAGCAGCCUACGAAGCGAGGCGUAUAUCUCUUUAACCAGCCAGGAAUGCAGGAUGGCUGCACUGCGGUCAAUCCAGAACAUGCAGCGAGAGCGUGGCUCGUGCCCUUGCCUGCCCGCACUGCUGAACGAUCACCACCACUGUCUACCGCUGGGUCCUCAACUGUGUGGUCAACACCUACAUCAAAGGGAGCUGCGCUUCCACUCGAUCCCACAAACCCGUGGGCGGAGGAUGUCCUGCGUUUGUGCGAAAAGCAGGGCCAAGAAGUUGCAGGCCGCUUCGACUUGAGCCCGGCAAUGGCUGGACGCGGCAUACUUUUGCCAAGUUGGAGUGACUCUAUGCAAGUGUGUUGA